AUGACCAAAGACGCUCAUCCACGUAUGAAUUAUGAUACAAAUGCAUCUGUUGUCUCGGAGUGGAACACGGUUGUGCUCAAAGGAAUCUCACCCGACCACGAUGCACAGAAAGCUGUUGUUCUUGCGGCUUGGGCUGUGUUGCUGCGGGACUAUCGAGCACCGCAUACUCCCACAUUUGCCCAUAUCACGGAGCGGGAAAGGCACCAAUUGACAGGAGAUCCGAGACCCUGUCUUGAUGAUCUUCGUUGUCAACGGGUAUCCAUCAUAUUCGGAACCGACGCCACCACUGAGCAAUUGAAGGAAACAACUUUACAAACCAUUCAAGGCAAUGCCUGGACACACUUGGACACGUGCAAAGACAUCACAGCUGCUGUGAUCUUUCCCAAAAGGCAGACAGAGAUCUCUUCCCAGCUUCUCGCGCUUUUGGAGGUCGAAUUGCUUUUGGUAGCAUCGGAAAACAAUGAAUAUUCGAUAUUCAACGACAGGGCGAAGAAACCCGAGUUCCAAUUGAAUGGUUUAUUGCAAAGUUUCAGCGAAAUAUACAAUACCUUCUUGGAGGAGCCGACACUCAGUAUGCUUGAGAUCAGCGCAGUCACUUCCUUUGAUGUUGGAAAAUUCCAAGAGAUCAAUGGUGACAGAAAGACAUUAGCCAAUGGAAGCCCUAAAUGCCUCCAUGUCCUCAUCAACGAAAAUUACCAUCAAAGAGGCGAGAGCAUCGCACUAGCUUCGACCUCAGAAGAAGUUACCUAUGCACAGCUCGGCAAGGGAUCAGCAGCCACAGCUCGCCACUUGAAGAAAAUGGGAAUCAAUGCUGGGGAGACAGUGGGACUAUGCAUGGACAGGUCGAUCUUUACCAUCGUCACGAUAGUUGGAAUCCUGCGUGCUGGGGCAGCGUACGCACCAAUAGACCCAACCUCUCCUAUCGGAAGGAUUUCUCAGGUCGUGGAAAGAGCCGAUAUCAAGUUCAUGGUGACAGAAGACCAGUUAUGCGGAAAAUUUCAAGAUCUUGAGGCGACGUUGGUGACCAGCAGCCAACUCAAAAAUGCCGAGACUCCGGAAAAUUGGCGCGAGGAAGCUAACAUCGACGCCGCCAAGCCAGUUUACUUCAUGUUUACUUCGGGCAGUACCGGAAUUCCCAAGGGUGUUAUUCAUGGUCACGGAGCAGUGUCCAUCAGUCUUAUUGAAUGCAUCAAACAUCUCGGCAUCGAUACUUCGACAAGAUAUAUGCAGUCAGCAAGCUUGGCAUUUGACGCCAGCAUACUGGAAGUGUUCGCUCCACUCGUUGCUGGCGGAUGUCUCUGUAUGAUAUCCAAAGAAGAGCGAGAUAACGAUCUUGAAUCAGUGAUGGAAAAGUUGAAAGUGUCGCACGCAUGGCUCACACCAUCGAUGGUAGCGCAAAUCGAACCUGACAAUUUACCCAGUCUGCGCAGCCUGAGUGUUGGGGGCGAGCCUCCAUCCGCGGAGCUUAUAUCGAUCUGGGGAGAGAGAGUCGAGCUAAAUAACCUAUACGGCACCACGGAAGCGGGGGUAUGGGAUACAGCAAAGAGAGGCAUAAAGGCCGGAGACAUCCCAAAGAACAUUGGUCGAGGCAUUGGAAACACCGCAUGUUGGAUCACAGAUCCAUCCGACGUGCAGAGAUUGAUGCCAUUUGGCGCCGAGGGCGAGCUGCUAAUUCAGAGUCCGUACCUCGCGAUCGGAUAUCUCAAAGAUUUGGAACGCGAACAACAAGCAUUGUUGCACCCGUCGAGAUUGAGAUGGGCUCCAUUCAUGCCUCCCGUGGAAGGAUCUCGGGUGUACUGCACAGGAGACCUGGCGAAGUUCGAUGAAAAUGGCGAUGUGAUCUUCUUGGGUCGUCAAACCGGAUACGUCAAAAUCAGAGGAUUGCGAGUGGACCUAGGAGAGGUUGAAACUGCAAUCAACUCAUGUCUCAAGUCGGGUCGCUCCGCGGUCAUUUUAUCUGAGCACGAGGGCCAGGAUACUGAGAUUGUCGCGUUCGUCGAAACAGCCGAUUACGCAGAUGAUCAACUGGCGGGACAAAUGGACGAUAAAUUGUCGCUUUUCUUGCCGAAGUACAUGGUUCCGGCGGCAUUUGUGCCUACUGAUUCGAUGCCACUCACACUGUCGAAGAAAAUCAACCGUCAAGAGCUCCGCGGCAUAUUGUCAAAAAUGAGCAAGAAUGAUCUUCAAGCUUACCGCAAAGGAGGGUCUUCGAUACUUGAUUGUUCUGAAAUCCCCGAAGGCAGAAAACUGGCGAUAGAAAUCAGCAAGCUCAUUGCAGACAUGUUUGAGAACACCGACAGUGAAUUUGCAUCGUCUCUGCGAGGGAAAAACUUUCCACUUUCCAAAAUUGGUCUCACGUCCAUGCAACUGGUGUCAAUUGUGAAUUUGAUUCGGAAACGAUACAACAAGAAAAUCAGCAUCGAGGAUCUGCAGCAAAACGAUCUCAAUGUUUACAACAUCGAAGAUUUCCUGGCCGGAAGAAAAGGGAUCCAGAGACAGAUCAGCUAUGCCCGAGACCUGAUAGAUGACCUUGCAAAGCUGAAACCAAAACUCGAGUUUGUCAAGCACCGUGAGGCCACUGUCUUUUUGACGUCAGUUACCGGGUUCCUCGGCAGUCAGAUUCUGAGAACACUUUUAGAAAAUCCAAACAUCAAGUGUGUGAUUGGACUUGUUCGUGCCCGGGAUGAAAAGCACGCGCAAGAAAAGGUGCAGAAUCAUGGCAGACUAGGUCGCUGGUGGAAUCCUGCAUUCCUGGAUCGGAUCGAACUUUGGACAGGUGAUUUAAGCAAGCCGAAGCUGGGCUUGGAAGACGCCAAAUGGGACCGAUUGUUCUCCACAGACCCAACGCAGAGUGUGGAUGGGAUCAUUCACAACGGAGCACGAGUCAACUGGAUGGAGACAUACGAAGACCUCAAGCUUGUGAAUAUCCACAGCACAGUCGACAUUCUCUCCGGGAUUUCGAAGAUGGAUUCCCCGUGUCCUUUGAUUUAUGUCUCUGGUGGAUACAUGCCGAUGAAACCAGAAAGCGACUAUCAAAUUGCCAAACGACUCUCUGAGGCAUCGGGAUACGAUCAAACAAAAUUCAUGUCUCAACUCCUGUUGACCGAGUACAACAGGCACUUGGAUCGAUCGGAGUCCACGGGCGAGAGGGCGCGCACGGUUAUUCCGGGAUUCAUUGUGGGAACCCAAAAGGAGGGCAUUGCCCACACCGAAGACUUCUUCUGGCGAUUCGCAUUCAGCAUAGCUCGGCUGAGGUCUGUUAGCGACAACCUGCAGUACCUGACUGUGGCAGGUGUGGAUCAAGUGUCCAAUCUCAUCACGGAUGCUUUCCUGGAACCGGAGAAAUACACAUCGGAAACAAUGUGUUGUGUGGAUGGCGUGAGGGUUGCAACACUCUGUGAGGUUCUGAGCAAACAUAUGGACAUAUCGAUCAACAAGAUGGACCACCAAGAGUGGAUGGAGCUGUUGAGGAAAGAUGUUGAAGAGGCAGACUUCGAUCAUCCAUUCAUGCCCGUGCUCAGUUGGUUCAAAGAGAACAUCUGGCAAUUUGAAUGUGACCAAAACAGUAUACCAGAGAACCGAUAUUUCCCCGCGGAAGAGACGAUUUCUGCGUUGGGCCGCAGUGUGAAGUAUAUGAUGAAUAUUGGGUACCUGUCGAAAGAGUUUAACCAGAAUGAGGUGAAUAGCUCUACCAUAUUCAGCCGAUCUAGUUCAUGA